AUGGAAGCGCUUCUGGUCACUUUGGCGCUGCUAGCUAUUCUAGUCUAUAAAUAUUUGACCUGGCAUCAUGGUGUGUUUAAGAAGUUGGGCUUGGACGGUCCAAAGCCAAAUAUAUUUUUGGGAAAUUUUCCAAGCGCGAUAACCGGCAAGCAACCACUUGCCUAUGAAGCUGAUGAGAUUUAUAGCAAAUACAAGAAGAGUCAUCGCGCUAUUGGCGUCUUUAUGACACGAAAUCCACAAAUUCUGAUCCUCGACCCACAAUUGGCCCAGGACGUUUUGGUGAAGAACUUUGGCAAGUUUCGCGGCAAUUUAGCUGCAAAUUGGAUUUAUGACAGAAAAUUGGACAAACUGGCUGCGCUUAGUCCAUUUUUCACCAGUGACGAUUCAUGGAAAACGAAACGUUCCGAUCUUGUUACAGGUUUAACGCAAAAUAAGCUCAAUGCGGCAUAUCCAAUCCUAAAGGGCUGUGCAGAGAAACUAUCCAAAUAUCUCGAAAAAAGAACUGCCCAAGGCAACGCGGUCAUAGAAACCAAAAAUCUCGGCUUCUGCUUUACCUCGAACGUUUUGGGCGAGUUUCUGUGGGGCAUUGAAACGAAUGCGCUUGCCAAACCAGAUGAACCAAACAUUUAUCUCCAAAUGCAGGCCAAAUGGUUGCAGUUCAUUGUUAAUUCGUUGGACACCUAUUUUAAGUUAUUACCAUUACCUUGGCUACGUCGUUUUGCACAAAAGCGUUUAUUCUCGGAGGACACCAAUAAUUUCUUUUCGAAACUCACAAAAGAUGCCCUUGAGCUGAGAGCCAAGGAUACAAAUAGUCAGAGUAGAGUCGAUUUCCUGAACCAUCUGCGACAAUUGCAGGAAAAGAAGGGUAUAACACACGACGAUAUGGUCGGGCAUAUACUGACCACAAUGCUGAAUGGCUAUGAAACCUCGGCCACAGUGCUCUUCCACACAAUAUUCUAUUUAGCGCAUCAUCCGGAAUAUCAGGAGAAGUUACGUGCUGAAAUAUUGGAGAAUAUCGAAGAGGAUGGCUUUGUGAGCUACCAAAAAUUGUCUAGCCUGCCUUAUUUGGAUCAAUGUUUUCAUGAAUCCAUACGCUUGAUCACCGUGGUCUCCUUUUAUGCGCGCAUUUGCACGGAACCCACGGAACUUGAUGUCGGUGACGGCCAUAUCAUACCGAUUCGUGUUGGCAAUGUGGUCAGUGUGCCCAUAUUUAGUUAUCACCAUAACCCCGAUUACUUUCCAAAACCAUCGGAAUAUAAUCCGGAUCGUUUCAACAAUGCGGCACAUGUCGACCUGAUCAAAAAGGGCAUAUUCAUGCCAUUCGGUAGUGGACCGCGUAUAUGUGCGGGAAUACAUUUGGCUACGAUGGAGGUCAAGGCUUGUCUCGUGGAAAUUUUCAAGUCUUAUCGUGUUAAAUGUUGCGCAAAAACAAUACCUGAAAAGCGACACGAUUCGCCCACGUUUAUUGUGGGCAUUGAUGGCGAGUUUUGGUUAGAGUAUGAGAGGCUGUAAUCUUUGUUAAGUUGAGAAGUAGGUUCAAUAAAUUUAGUAUGCUACUGUAUAAAUGGUCAAUGUUUAGUGUACACUGUCAGCUGAA